GGAGGAGGAGGAGGGUGGUCCUGCUGUCAGAUGAAAAUACAGCAGCAGAAGCAGCAGCAGCAGGUUUCAGGAGGACACCGCCGUUAGAUAAUCGCAUUUCUUCUCUCCUCGGAAGCAGCGGGGGGUCAAUGGAGACGGAGCGACGAGCCGAGGAACAAAUCAUAUCAAUUUAAUUCCCUCCAACUCCGAGGAAGCCGGAGAGGCGACGUCUCUCCGGAGCUGCUGAUGCUGCACAGACUCAUAGCGAGCUGCAAACUUCAGAGUGGAUUUAUAAACUGAGAGAGUGAGAAUGAUCUCUGGGCUUAUAACUGCUGAUGUGCGACUCAGUCAGCGCAAUUAUGCGGGCGGUUUGGUCUGAGUCUUAAUUAGUGAGAAACGCCUUCAUUAUAGACAUGACAGAGCUGAGGCAGCACGCCUGCAGCCUUUAAAGAUUUUUCUUAAUCUCCUGUCAACUGGACAUAAAAAUAUCUCUGCCAUCCCGUCACACAUCCAGAAGCCAGCAUGCCCAUCAUCAGCAAUGCCAACCACGACUUCAGCACCUACUCCAUCAGCAGUGAUGACAGCAGCCUUGAUCGCUUCUUCACUGAGAUCCCAGAGACUGAGACCAUCAAGGGCGUGUACUUUCAGCGCGCCCAGCUGCUUCGUGACCCCAAGGCCUCGUAUGUGGUCGACCACACCCUGCAGGUUCUCAUCAAUGUCGGGGGCAACCGCUACACUUUCCCCUGGAGCACCUUGGAGCAGUUCCCCCAGAGCCGACUGGGACGUCUGCGCUUCUGCACCACACCCGAGGAGAUCGCACGCCUCUGCGACGACUACGACGAGACGUGCCAGGAGUACUUCUUCGACCGUAACCCUACAGCCUUUAGGGUUAUCCUCAACUUCCUGGCUGCAGGCAAACUACGUCUGCUGCGAGAACUGUGCGCCGUGUCGCUACACGAUGAGCUCGACUACUGGGGCGUGGACCCGGGCCAUAUGGAGCGCUGUUGCCGUCGCCGUAUGAUCACCCGUGUGGAGGAGGUGGCCGAGCGAGAGCGUAAGGAGGAGGAGUGGAGGCAGAAGAGGGUGAUGCUGAAGAAAAACCCCGUAGAGGUUGAAAAGGGCUACCGCAGAAUGAUCUGGAUGCUGCGAGAAGUGGUGGAAAACCCUCACUCAGGGUUGGCUGGGAAAAUGUUCGCCUGCCUCUCUGUGAUCAUGGUGCUGGUCACUGUUGUCAGCCUGUGCAUCAGCACCAUGCCAGACCUCCGAGACGAGGAGACCAGAGGCGAGUGCUCCCAGAAGUGUCAGAGCAUGUUUGUGGUGGAGUCCAUCUGCGUGGCCUGGUUCACCUUGGAGUUUGUGCUGCGAUUCGUCAACGCUCAGAGCAAGCUGGCCUUCGCUCGUGGUCCCCUCAACAUCAUCGAUGCCAUUGCCAUCCUGCCGUACUACGUGUCCCUGGUGGUCGACGUCAGAGAUCAGUCACAGGAGGACGUCAUCAUGGGUGCCGGCAGAGGCUAUCUGGACAAACUGAGUCUUAUCCUGCGGCUGCUGCGGGCCCUUCGCAUCCUCUACGUGAUGCGGCUGGCUCGCCACUCUCUGGGCUUGCAGACGCUGGGGCUGACCAUGCAGCGCAGCAUGAGGGAGUUCGGCCUGCUGCUGCUGUUCGUCUGCGUGGCCGUCACCCUCUUCUCACCUCUUGUCCAUCUUGCGGAGAGCGAAUUGGCGCCGUACGCCGCCACGCAACCCCACCACAGCUUCAGCAGCGUCCCGGCCUCUUACUGGUGGGCCAUCAUCUCUAUGACUACGGUUGGAUACGGCGACAUGGUGCCGCGCAGCAUCCCCGGACAGAUAGUCGCACUGACCAGCAUCCUGAGCGGGAUCCUCAUCAUGGCGUUCCCAGCCACCUCCAUCUUUCACACCUUCUCCCGCUCCUAUCAGGAGCUCAAGCACGAGUACGAGAGGCUGUGGAAGGAGGAGAGAGACGAGGAAAUGACCGCCGAGUCAGAGGAGAGCUGUUCCAAAGUCAACUUGUCACCAGAUGAGCUCACGUCGUUGUCCAAAGAAGAAAGCGAGUGGCUGAUGUCAACCAAAAGUCAUCAAUCCACACUUCCGUCUACAGCUUUCUAAUGGACACGUUCAUCCAGUAAUUAAAUGGUGACACUCAACUACAUAUUUUAUCCUGUAGAAGUACAUUUAGACUCAAAGGACUGUUAUAUUGUAGACACUAUAAUACACAUUUUAACCUUUACGUUCCUGUGUAUUCAUGUUCUGGAUUCAUGCUUUAACUCUAUCUGGUACUUAUAAGGCUAUUUAUUAUAAGCUCCUUUUAAUAUCAGCGAAUACAGAACAUGCAGCACUACAAGCUAAACCGAACCGAUGAAGAACUUUUUACAGCACACAGAAUACAAACUACAUUUUGAUGUAGUUUAGGGAUUAAAGGAGGAACACGGUAAAGCACGACGGUAGAUAAAUACAAAAAAAAAUCAGCGUUGGAAGAUCACAAGUAAUAGAAAAACUUCAUAUGAUCCAGUUAACAACUUUGUCUGCUUAUUGUUUGUCUUGUGGUUCUGAUUUUUUCGAUCACACGUCUCACGAACGUGAUGCUGUCAUGUAGCUGACUCAAAUAUACGAUGUUAGAGUGUCCUUAAACGCACCGUCAAGGAGAGCUUUAAAAAAACAAAACUGUUUGCUCGCAGCUGUUGCUUUACUGAGGGACGAUAAUGUCAACAAACACAAAAGUAACAGUGACAAACUCCUCAGUGUGACAGAUUACUCAGCACAAGCACCUGUCAUGUCUUUGCAAGUUUAUAUUUUUUCUGACAGGAGUAGAAAUGAAAGGAAAAGUAAUUUAAAAACUUUCAGUACGCUGUGGGAAAUGAUGGACAGCAGUGUUUACGAUGUGUAUUUCAUGAGCUAAAACAUGCAAAACCACCUUUAAUGUACUUUAAUGUGCAUCAUAUCUUAUACUCUGACGUCUUGUAACUCCUGUUGUCUCCUCGCUGUUUAUCGAACUUCCAGGUAUUUUAAAACUGAAAUAAUAACUCUUCAUCUUUCAUCUUUUGCCUUCGAACCUCAGACUUCCUGAACAUUAAUGCUGACUGACUGUUUUGAGGAAUCUUACUUGCUGCAUAUGAUAGAGUGACAAUCAGACUCUUAAAUCUGUGUAUAAGUUAGAAACUGCACAAGUCAAAUGUGAAUAUUAAUGCAUAAAUAUAAUAUGUAUAAUGUACGUAGGGCUGCAGUUAUUUUCAUUAUUGAUUGAUCUGUGGAAUUUCUAGACACACUGAUUAAUUGUUUGGUCUAUAAAAUGUUAAAUAACAGUGAGAAAUGCUGGUUUUAGUUUCGUCGAGCUCAUGGUGACGUCUUCAGAUAUAUUAUAUUUUACAGAAAAGCUUAAA